GUAUUCGAGUCGGGAGGAGUGACGACAUUUUGUCAAUAAAUUAUAAAUUUUGCUCUUUUGGUUAAAAUAUCUUAAUAUUAGUCGGUAUACUUUGCCAUAAAAAUGGCAGAUAGUGAACAAAAAGCUAUGCAGCUGAUGGCGGAGGCGGAGAAGAAGCUAAGUUCUUCUAAAACAUUUCUCGGGUCCCUGUUCGGUGGCUCAUCGAAAGUUGAAGAAGCGGUUGACUGCUACCUGCGAGCGGCCAAUCUAUUCAAGAUGGCGAAGAAAUGGGCGCAGGCUGGCCAAGCGUUCUGCAGUGCGGCUCAACUCCACCUGAAGGCUGGCGUACGACACGACGCGGCUACCAACUUUGUAGACGCGUCUAAUUGUUAUAAGAAGUGUGAUCCUAAUGAAGCCGUAUCGUGUCUCCUGAAAGCAAUCGAGAUCUACACCGACAUGGGCCGCUUCACUGUGGCCGCUAAACAACAUCAAAACAUAGCGGAACUGUACGAGACCGAGUGCGUGGACCUCGCCCGAGCGAUGCAGCACUACGAGCAAGCGGCGGACUACUUCCGCGGCGAGGAGUCCACGUCCUCAGCCAAUAAGUGCAUGCUCAAGCUGGCCCAGUAUGCGGCACAGUUGGAGCACUAUGAUAAGGCGAUACAGAUUUAUGAACAGAUAGCGAAGUCGUCGCUGGACAACAGCCUGCUGAAGUACAGCGCGAAGGAGUACAUGUUCCGCGCGGCGCUGUGCCACCUCUGCGUGGACAUACUGAACGCGCAGCACGCGCUCGAGAAGUACUGCGCGCUCUACCCCGCCUUCGCCGACACGAGGGAGUGCAAGCUGAUCAAGGAGCUGAUCGAGCACCUCGAAGAGCAGAACAUAGACGCGUUCACCGAAGCGGUGAAGACAUACGACAGCAUAUCCCGGCUCGACCAAUGGUAUACCAGCAUGUUGGUGCGCAUUAAGAAGCAGAUCAACGACAACCCGGACCUGCGCUGAGCGGCCACGAUUGGGGCCCGUUCUCAUUUUUCUAGUUUAAUUCUCGUAUGUAAUUAUGUAACUAUUACGUUGUUGUAAAUAUUAUUAUAUUUUAUAAAAUUUCGUUAUUAAUAAACAUAUUUUUUUGUUCA